AUGACUGACGUUUAUAACUUUGCACAUACCUAUGCGACACUAGCUGCUAAGGAAGGAUUGGGACAUGUGGCCGUUGACAAGUCUGGUUUGAUCGUUGGUGCAAUUUAUAGUGAAGAUUUCGUGAAAGGAGUACUGGAGAAUCCAAAAUUGGAUGCAGAAACUGUCCCAGAAGUGUUGUAUGUUUUUGACCAAUUGCAUUCUCAAUACUUUUCAAAUCCUCCUUCAACAGAAAUUACACAAUUUUCACACAAAGCUGAAGACUUGUUCACAACCAAUAAUUAUGGAAAAAUUCUUCACUUGGUCGUUGCAGCCACAUACUCCUUUUAUGGAUCUCAGGGAAUAAUGUCCAAGCUCACUAAAACUCAUCUCGACUAUUGUAAAAAUGUAAGAGGUUUCACACAAGGAGUUGCUGAAUGUAGUAGUGAUUAUUCAAGGAGAGCUCUUUUAAAGCUUGGAUUUACUACACAAACGAAGGUUGUCUACGAUGAAUAUGAAAGUCCAAUUCAAGUGGAUGGAAAAAUUGUCAAACCGCUGAAGGGAAAGAUUGCUCUUCCUCAUGUUUCCAUGGACAUGGUUUGGAAUUACAAGUUGUAA